AUGGAUAACUUCACAAUGAGUGGGUUUCUUCUCUUGGGAUUUUCUGCCAAACCUGAACAAGAACUGUUUUAUGCUUCUCUGUUCUUGGUCUUAUACUUGUUGGCUUUAAUCGGCAACAUGCUCAUCAUCACCACGACUUCCCUGGAUGACAGUCUCCAGUCCCCCAUGUAUUUCUUCCUGAAGCAUCUCUCCUUGUUGGAUCUCUGCUACAUUUCCGUGACUGUACCAAGAUACCUUUACAACUCUUUCAUGCACAGUGGGAAUAUUUCCCUCUGGGAAUGCAUCGUGCAGUGCUUUGCUUUGAUGACCUGUAGUUCGGCUGAGCUGUCCAUGCUUACAUUGAUGUCCUAUGACCGCUACGUGGCCAUCUGCCUUCCUCUGCGCUAUGACGUCAUCAUGGACGUCAGAACCUGUGUCCAUGGGGUUGCCGGAGUCUGGGUCAGUGGGGCCAUCUCUUCAGCCAUGCAUACGGCAGCUACUUUCUCCAUCCACUUCUGUGGCCCCCGCGUCAUUCACCAGUUCUUCUGUGAUAUCCCCCAGAUCCUGAAACUCGCCUGCUCUAGUAAGUUUAUGAGUGAAAUUGACGUCACUAUCUUUACAGCUUUGCUGUCAUUUCUUUGUUUUAUAUUUAUUGGAUUAUCCUACCUGCACAUAUUCUCUUCCGUGCUGAAGAUGCCAUCUGCUGAGGGCAGAGCCAAGGCCUUCUCCACUUGCCUCCCCCACCUUGCUGUCGUCAUAUUGUUUCUUUCUACUGGUGCCUUUGAGUAUCUCAAGCCUCAUUCUGAAUCUCCAACUGCUUUGGACAUGUUGCUCACUAUCAUGUAUACGAUAGUUCCCCCAGCGUUGAAUCCAAUGAUCUACAGCCUGAGAAACAAAGCCAUUAAGUUAGCUCUGAGAAAAGUGUUUCAAAGAAAAGAAGCACUUACUUCCUUUCAUUCACUGUUGAGAGACAAGUUCAAUAUAUAA